AUGAUUUUGCAGGAGCAGGUCAGUCUUCUAAUAUAUAGAAGGGCCGAUGAUAACAAUGGCAAUGGUGAAGCCAUCACGGAUGAUGACCCAUUUAGCUCUUCCUCAUGGAGAUGGGGGAGAUGGAUUUUUUUUAUUUUUUUUAUAGUUGCUCUCCUCAUACUUUUAUUUUCAGCUGCGAAAGUGAAUAGGAGAAGACGGAUUAUGGGUCAAGCUCCCAUUAGAGGAACUGCUUGGUUAACCCCGCCUACCUACAGACAGUCUGAGAACGAAUAUAAUGGCACACAGCGCUGCGUUGAAGACUACGUCCCUGAAUAUACAGAAACGGCGAAUGAAAAUGAUCUAGGAUUUUAUGAUGAAAGAGGGGAAUUUCAUCCUAAUGGUAAAUCCGAAUAUUUAGCGCCACCGCCUUUAUCGGAAAACCAAGUCAAUUCGACUGACAAAGAUUUACAGCGCCCUGUAGCUGCCGUUGUACGAAUGCCCAGCGAAGACGAGUUCGAUUUGAACUUGCUCAGGCCGACCAUGAAUAAUUUCGCUAAUGAUCAGAGUAACGGGCAGAAUUCUCCAACAAUUGAGUCAUCCUCAUUUGAUGUUAAUAGCACGCCUGCAAGGGCAAAAAUAAGUAACUAA